AUGGCGAGGGCUCCUCGUCUCCGGAGGGCUCGACCCUCCUCGCCCUCGACGAAGCAGCAACGGGAGAAGAGGAGGAGGAGCGGUGGAGAUAGCGACGAAGACGACGACGAAGAAUACCGACCCUCCCAUGGUGAUCACGGUGGUGAUGACGAUGAUGAAGUGGAAGGUAGGGAUGGCUCUUGUUCUUCUUCUUCUUCUUCUUCUUCUUACUCGGCUGGUGAAGAGGAGGAGGAGGAGGAGGAGGAGGAAGAGGUUGGGGGUUCUUCUCGUGGAUCCAAAAGAAAGAGAAAGAAAAAGAAUUUAUCAAAUUCACAAAAAGGUUGCAAGAGAUCAUGUGUCAAAGGAAACAUUGAAAAGCCUGAUGAUUUUGUUGAUGAGGAUGCAGCUUUAGAGCAGGCGAUCGCUCUCUCGCUUGGAGGAGUUGCUGAAAAUUCUGCUGUGUCUGGCGUACUUUCUCAGAAAUCUGGAACAAAGGAAAGUGAGACUGGUGGGAAAAGGAAGAACAGAAAACUGUUUAAGAGUAGGGUACAGCUCUCUGAAGAUGAAGUGAUUGGUUACUUCUUUUUAUUUGAUGAAGUUGGGAAAGGGCAUAUCUCAGUCUGGGAUCUACAAAGAAUGGCUUUAGCUCAUGACUUUACUUGGACAGAUAGUGAAACAGCUGCUAUGGUUCACUUGUUUGACACCGACGGAGACGGAAAGCUAAAUCUAGAAGAUUUUCGGACCAUCGCAUCUCGAUGCAACAUGAUGCAUGAGCCAUAAGAGUGAUAAGCGCUGGCGACCGGAUGAGCAACUAAGAGUGAUGCUAUACCCCCAUCAGUAGUCGACAACGGCAACAUGACUCCACCGGUUUUUGGGUUCGAGAUGGGGGGUUUUUGUUCGCCGGUCCGUGGGGAUUGAGGCCUGUUUGGCUGUUCUGAGACUUUAGGUGUAGAUAUUUUGUAGAGUGAAGGUGUAUCCCAUUUUCAGAGGCUCUUUUCUAUGGAAAAUAUGUUGGUGCCAUUUUUUUCUCAAAAACUUAUUGGGAACUCUGGGAAUUUCUUUUUUAUUUUUUUAUUUUGUUUUUUAUAAUUAUUGGACGCUCCUGGAUUGUUCAUUUAAUAUUGAGAGACACUACGGACCAACUUUUACACGCAUGACAAA